CGGAUACGCAGCGCGGAAGGCAAGGCCGAUGGAGGCCGAAGACGACGGCCCCCCGCCUGAAAUGCUCCAGGCCGACAUCUUCCGCGCCCUGGAAGCCAAUCUCAUGGCGCUUGUCCGUCAUUCGAGGGCGGAGGCCGAAGCACUGCGGCGCCAGCUCAUCGAGUCGAACAAGGAGGUCGAGCACUUCAAGGAGCAAGCUCAGCGAUCUGCGGCUUUGAGCGAUCGGCAUGGAAGCGGCGACGAGGACGAGGCCAUGGACGAGUCCGAGGACGACGACGAACGCUACGAGCGUUUCCAUGGACGAGUCCGAGACCGACGACGACCGCUACGAGCGCUACCUUGCUACCACGACCCUUACGAGUUUGAUGAGGAAGCGCACGAGGAGCAACGCUACGCCAUGAUGGAAGCCCAGGCGAACCCGCCCGUCGAAGCGUUUGCGAGUGAUGACGAUGACUACAACGGCGAGACGCAGGGCCAAGGUAUUGAGCCAACAUCAAGCGACAACGACGCGGGCAGCGACAAUGACGCGGGCAGCGACAAUGAGAUCGACCCUGUUGAAUGCGUCCAGCGCCAAGACGAUAACCAAGAUGGAGAGGCGCCAAGCUUCGAGCCCAUGGAAAGCGGCAGCGAUGUGCCCAGCGAUAACGAGCACGAGGAGCCCCGCCAGGUGCUGCAUCUCCUGGCUUUUCUCUCACACACGGAGGCGGCUCACCCCAAGUCAUUCGCGUGCGACGAUCGCAGUAUCGGCAACACGCUCGUCGCGCGCAAGUGGCAUCGCCCGAUGGGUCUGACCGAACCGGUCGAGCGGCAAAACGCCCAGCGCCGCAUGCGGGCGGCCGACAGCCUGCCCAGCGACGUCGCACAUGCGCCGGAACCCAUGCGUCUGCGCAAGCACGGACCGGUCACCGAGACGCUGCCGCUGCCUGCGCUACGUGUCAACAAGCCGUGUACGCUCACGGACGCGGAGAAGGCGCAGAUCAGCCUGAAGCGACUGCUCUACUACCGCCACAAAAGUCUUCUCGAAAAGUACGAAGCCCACAUUCGCGAGCGCCUUGUCGAAGCGCGUCGGAUCUCGAUCGAGGCGUACGACGAAUUGGCCCGAGCCUUUGUCGAGGAUUUUGCGGCGCUCACCAACUUUGUGUGGCCGUACUUCGAGACGCAGUCGUGGCCCCGCGAUACCGAGCUGGACAUCGAGUGCUCCAUCUGCACCGAGAGCUAUAAAGCCGACGAGUGCGUCGUGACGCUGCCCUGCAUGCACCUCUUCCACAACGACUGCGCCAAGCCGUGGUUGGAGGCGCAUGACGAGUGCCCACAGUGCAAGACGAUCGUCGUUCCGACCCGUGAAACCCUCGGCCGUCGCCCUUGACACGCAGCAGCAGCCCCUUGACACAGUGCUGCAUCGUGUGAUGUAUAAAAACUCAAAUUUUGACAAGC